AUGUUUCCGGAGCAAAAUGCGAGAAAGCUCAGGUUAGAAGCAAACCGCGGCCCUUUCACCAGCUCGGUCUUUAUCCAACUCCCUCCAAAAUCCCAGCUCCAAUCCAUGUUUGAGGCGGCCUUUACUGAGGCCAAUCACGUUCUACCGCUAUUUGAUGUCCCUGUCCUAACGGACCUUCUGGAACAACACUAUUCAGACCCUACUGUUCCACCAGGGAAGCACGCUGGACGCUGGGCCAUGUUGAAUGCUACGAUAGCAGUCGCGAUUCAGUUACGGACCGCCAGGGGCUCGCAUAGCGAGAUGACGGAACUGUCAUGGCACUUCUUCAAGAACGCAUUCAGCAUGUAUUCGGUCAUUGCUCUACGAGCGGCAGACGUUUUGGGCCUAGAAGCGCUUCUUGCCAUGGCUAUAUAUAUGCAGGGAUCGAGUGAUGUGCGAACAACCUCCGUUCUCGUGUGUGCGGCCGCACGUCUAUCAUUGACGUUUGGAUUACACCGAAGGGAAUUCUACUUGGUCCUUGACCCUGCAACCACUAACCGCCAUAAGAGGGCCUUCUGGAUUGCAUAUAUACUCGACAAGAGCAUAUCUGUAAAGACAGGGCUGCCCUCUGUAUUUGAUGACGAUGCGAUAAAUAUCGACUACCCAGAUCUGAUUAUGUCUGCGUCUCCAGCGGAUGGAGACGUCCCGGGAAGUAGCAUGUCAGCCUCCGGUUUUCGAUUGAAGGCUGAACUAGCGAUGAUUGAAUUCAACGUCGAGAAAAGGCUCUACUCCGGAUCCGCUAGUAGGCAGAAUGUACAUCAGCUUCUGGAGCUUGUGGCCGAGGUUGACCAUCAACUGGAGAUUUGGAAAGCGAAGCUUCCGUGGAGUUGUCAACCUGAUCGUAUUGUCUGGUCAACAGAGCCAACAAUCAGGGAGCCUAUCAUUUUAUUACAUUUUGCUUACUAUUGCACCCUCAGUGAGAUUCAUGGCUUUGCAGCACACCUUAACCAGGAAGGCGAUAUUAGUGCAAUGCGACAGAUCCAGUCGUCAAGGAUCAUUCAGGCAUCGACAGCCUCCCAAAUAAUCCAUAUACUGCAAUACUUGCCUUGUGAGCAACCUGGACAACUCUGGUACGUAUAUCCUUUCGGUGUACAAAAGGUCAUCCUUCUGAUUGCCUCCUAG